GGGGAGUCGAGAGCUCUGCGGGCUACAUGGUGCUCAAUUUUUCAAGAUGUCGUCGCUGGAACAGAGGUUGUCGCGAAUCGAAGAGAAGCUAAAGCAAGAAAAUGAAGAAGCUCGCAGGAGAAUUGAUCUCAAUAUCGACAUGAGUCCGCAGCGGUCACGUCCGAGGCCGAUCAUCGUGAUCCAGCUCAGUCCUGCUCCAGCCCCCUCCCAGCGUGCAGCUCUCCAGCUGCCCCUGGUCAACGAUGGAGGCAGCCGAUCAUCAUCUUCAGAGAGCUCGCCUCAGCACCACCCCUACCCCAGUCGCCCACGACACAUGCUCACCCUACCCACGCCUCCUUAUGGCCUACAGAAAAGCCUAGAGAAUGUUGAGAUUGACCAGAAACUGCAGGAGAUUAUGAGGCAGACAGGUUAUCUGAAGAUUGACGGUCAGCGGUAUCCAGCAGAAGUAACUGACCUCAUCAGUGAGGGGGAGAUCGGCAGCGGGACGUGUGGACAGGUCUUCAAAGUCCGAUUCAAGAAGACAGGCCAUGUCAUCGCUGUCAAACAAAUGCGUCGCACGGGAAACAAGGAUGAAAACAAGCGGAUCCUCAUGGACCUGGAUGUGGUGCUGAAGAGUCAUGACUGUCCUUAUAUCAUUCAGUGCUAUGGCGCCAUAGUAACCAACACGGAUGUAUUCAUUGCGAUGGAGCUGAUGGGAACAUGUGCAGAAAAGCUGAAAAAGAGAAUCCAGGGCCCCAUCCCAGAGCGAAUCCUGGGAAAGAUGACUGUUGCAAUAGUGAAAGCCUUGUUGUAUCUAAAAGAGAAACACGGUGUCAUCCACCGCGAUGUCAAACCUUCCAACAUCCUCAUUGAUGCUAAAGGUCAGAUCAAACUGUGCGACUUUGGCAUCAGUGGACGCCUCGUGGAUUCAAAGGCAAAGACUCGCAGUGCCGGCUGUGCUGCCUACAUGGCGCCUGAAAGAAUAGACCCUCCAGAUCCCACCAAACCUGAUUAUGACAUUCGAGCAGACGUGUGGAGUCUCGGCAUUUCCCUGGUGGAGUUAGCCACAGGACAGUUUCCCUACAAGAACUGUAAGACAGACUUUGAGGUUCUGACCAAAGUGCUGCAGGAAGAUCCUCCUGUGUUGCCUCUAAGCAUGGGUUUCUCUCUCGACUUCCAGUCCUUUGUCAAAGACUGCCUCACAAAGGAUCACAGAAAAAGGCCAAAAUACCUUCAGCUGUUGGAGCAUAGUUUCAUUCGGCGCUACGAAGUGCUGGAGGUGGACGUGGCCGGUUGGUUUCAGACGGUGAUGGAGCGCACCGAGUCGCCUCGCAGCAGCCAGUGUUACAGCCAUCAACACAUGCUCCACUCGCUUCUCAGCAGGGCAAUGAUGACACCAAAUUGAACAAACAAUGAAGAGGCUGAUCCCAGACAGACGGACUCAUCUGUUUUUGUUUUUAUGAAGUGGCGAGGUGGAUUGAUGGCUUUUCUCACCUUUCCACUAUAAUCUGUCCACUAUUAGUAUUUUUAUUAUUUCUAAAUAUAUUUUAUUCUUUGGUAAUCAAUUUUCAUUGACUAUUACCGCAACACCCCCCACCACCCCACCCCACUCAAGUGACAUGUUUCUAUUCUGUUUGUCUUAUGCUGUAGUUGUGAGUUUAUGGUGAAAACCCGGAGCUUUUAUUAUUAUUUUCUUUAAUGCUGAGACUGUGGUGACCGAUGUUGCACUUGUGAUGGGUUUCUUAUGUUUCAUGUUGCAGAUUAUUGCAGAGAGGGGAAUAUUUUCCUUAUUUUCUUAACGUCACAGCAGUUAUUUUAUUAAUCAUACAUCUGUGACAUGGCAAGAAAAUGGUUCAGUGUAUUUUUCCUCACAUAUUUAUUUAUUGGUCAUUUGUAUGUUAUUUUUGGUUUGUUUGGAUUUUUUGUUGUUGUAUGGAGGGCGAACAGGACACGAGGAAGAGAAGAGUAGACUCUUUGGCAUUUAACUGUUGUGUACACAAAGCAGAUUAUUAUAUUGAACCAUCAAACUGAGUUGCAGCCAGUUUUGUUGAUUUUUAUAAAGUCUCAACAGAAAGCAGCACAUUGAAUUGUAUGGAUUUUCUUUGUGCUGUUAUUGUUGUAUGUCCAUUAUUUUAUUCACCGUUUAACCAGACAAACUGUUUGUGCUUCAAACCCCCUGCAUAGUGUGUCCAGCUCUGUAGCUUUACUAAUAUCCCCCAGUUUAAAGCUGUACACUCUGAAAUCUGGGGGGCUUUUAACCCGUUUGUCCUGAAUGCCACCCCGUUUAUCUAUUUAAUUUUUUUUUUUUUUUUAUAAAUGCUUUGCCUGCUAUCUGCUGUGAUAGUGGACUGAUUACCUUGUGAUGCGCCCCCCCCCCCCCCAACUCUGCAAUCAGGUGACAAACACCCUCAUUAAAAUAUCUAAAGUUUGUCACCUUGUCUUUCAGAAUGCUGUCUGUUCCACUUGCAUGACUUUACUGGUUUGCAGGGUUGUGGUGGGACACGACGCUCACAUCGGGUUAAAGGCCCCUUGUAUGUACAACACGCCAUGCAUAUGUUAUCUUGACAGAUCUUUCAAAUGACAAAGCUUUACUGCCCAUUUGUUUAAAACCUUUAGUUUUUUUGGCUGUGUUUUAACCUUCCUAACACCCAAGUCUCAUUUCAAACAGAAGACAUGCCAUUAUGUUGUGAAUACCUCAGGAUUUCUGUUUUUUUGUUUUUGAGAAAAAAAAAAAUAAAACACUUAAAAAUCAAAUAAAUAAAAACUCAUAAAAAGCG